GUUUUGAGGAAAAUGGUACCAUUCAGUUUUCCUCCAUCAAAAUAUGCACUCUGGAAUCCAACACCUAUUGGAGAAAGUACUGAUGCCCACCUAAGUUGUCAUAGGAACCCUAAGUUACUUGUGACUGAAAAAACUCUGCGACUUGCCCAUCGUCAUGCUAAGCAAAGUAGAAGAAAACCUUUCACCUGCUUUCUAGUUGGAACACUUGCAAUAGAUGAAGAUUGCAAAGGUAUUUCUAUAACAAUAGACCGUUUUGAUCCGGGUCGUGAAGUAACUGGUGGCUUGGAGAAAAUACCCACUGCGCCUCUUCCUGGAGAUUUUUUGAUUCCAUGUACUGUAAAUGCUUGGGGAUCUUCCUCAAGUGACAUUAUAGUACAUAAUUCUGAAGAUUUCAGCUUGGCUUUUAAGAUACUUCAACAGAAUUUGAAUGGCCGUGACUCUCUGGAUCCUUCCAAAUUGCUGUCCUUAAGAGUUUAUGUCUCUUCUGCAGAGAAUAUGGACAAUCUAAAUUUUGACUUUCACUGGGCAGCUGUUACGUUGGUUAAUACUUUAAAAUACACUCCUGUGAAUUCUGUUCCAAUCAUUCCUACAGCACUUGCCAGAAACCUAAAUAGCCAUAUGAGCAUUGCGCAAGUUCAGGGGACCUGCAAAUGUGGAUACCUUACAAUGGACCAGACCAGGAAACUACUUCUAAUUCUGGAAUCUGACCCCAAAGCUUACACGAUGCCAUUGAUUGGCAUUUGGUUGAGUGGAAUCACACAUAUCUACAGUCCACAAGUCUGGGCCCACAGCCUGCGAUACUUAUACAGUUCCUCAAUUCAAGAAAGGGUACUUUCAGAAUCGGGAAGUUUUCUUAUAGUUCUUUAUUCUGUGAUACAUAGAGAUCCAGAGUUUUAUGAAUGCCUUCCUUCUGGACUUACUGAAUUUGGUUUCCAGCUACUUACAAGCAAGGAAACAUUACAUCUAUUCAAAAAUGUUGAUCCUUCUGAUAAGCAUCCUAUUCAAUUUGAGUUGAGUUCUGAAAAUAAAAAUGCAGAAAUGGAAUUCUUUAGCAAAAUCUCCAAGGAUGUUUCCUUUAGGUGCCCCUCUCAGGGUUCCUCACCAGGCAAACUUUCUGUCUGUGAUCAUGACUCUGGCGUGGAAGAUGAUGCAUCUCCAAGACCAUUUCCCCGUCCUCACCCAACAUGUCAACAGGUUACAGAGAUCCAGCCUUCAGUCCCUGAGCUGUCUAUUGUGUUUGAUGGCAACUUUACAGAAUCCAUACCAACAUCCAAACAUGUCUUGACUGUGGAUAAAACAAAUCUACAUAUAUAUCAACCAGCUAAGAAAGUAUGUCCUUUAGGUCAUCCAUCCCACCAAAUUCAAAGCUCUGAUCGCAGGAAGCAAAUCUGUGCCAAAGAGUCUUCUUCAAGGCAGUUAUAUGGCCAAUUGAAGCAGAGAAUUCCAGUUCUAAAACCUUGCAGUAGAGUGCAGGUUCCAUUACAACAGCAGCCCAGCUGUGGUGCAGCUGGAUAUCAAGCAAGAAAGAGCUUUGGGUCUUCUUCACCCUCCUCUUCUCCUUCAACACCUUGUAGUGGAUCCUCUCCAAAUACAUCUGCACAUCAACUUGGAACACCUUCUGAAAAACUGUGUGCAAAAAAUGAUGCUGUGCAAAGGAAAGAGGAACUUUCUUUAAGUGGACCUUUGGGACCUAAUUCUAUACCUUCCCAGCCUCCAUGGCACAAUUGUGCUUGGUCACCUCCAAAUCUAAGGCCAGUAGAGUUUCGGAUCCCAGUUCAAUGUCCACCUUGCUGCUCUUCCUGUGUCUGCAACUGUCAGUUACAUGGCCAUAUGCAAUACAGUCCAGCAAAUAUAUUGCAAGGGGUAUGUAACAUGGGCCCUAGUCAGACAUCUGAAAUUCAGACAGGUGUUGCCCAGGAGAGUACACAAUUGAUGUUCCAUCAAAAUGUAGAAUGUAUAAAUGGGGGUUGCAGUCCGACAUGUGCCACAAGUAGUCCUAUAAACCUUGGCCAUUAUGGAAUAAUGGGAAAUUGCUCUCCCCUUAGUGGGGAUGUGUCCUCUCCAGCAACAAUACCCCCUCCUGCAGACUGUGCAGUGUAUUCAACUUGUAUGCACACUCCUUCACCCAGAAUAGGACUGGAUAAUGGAAUGAUGGGAUUAUCUCCCGAAGUUUACAGAAUCCUUACUGAACAAGAUCGGCAGCUCAAGCUCCUGCAAGCUCAGAUUCAGCGGCUUUUAGAAGCACAGACUCUUCAGCCCUGUUCCACUAAGACUACAGCCAACAACAGCACACAGUCUGAGAAGCAACUAGAAUUUGUUACCAUGGAAACUCGGUCUUCCCCAGGGUUACACAUGAAAAAAAGUGUCAGUAUUGCAGUGAGCACAGGUGCUAGCUUGUUCUUGAAUGCCCCCUUGGAAGGAAACAAAAAGUCUACAAAGCAGGAUGAUGGUGAAAUUUCUAAUGAAGACAUUAAUAUUUCUAUGAACAUGGAGAAAGAUAGGAGUCAAGCAAGUAUUGCUUCAUCCUUAAAAGCUGUUGACAUACCCAGCUUUGUAGACAGUAUUCAUGUUGUCGAAGAAGGAUCUGGUGAAUCCACUCGUGACCUCUGUGCGGCGGUUGCCACAGGAAUGACCUCAGCCUCUAUACUUAGUGAAAAUGUUGGCGUGUGCUUACAAACAAGGCCACUGGAGGGAACUGAUGGCCAUUCGGUGGCAAUUAAUGAACAAAAUGUUGAGCAUGCUAUCUCAUCCCCACCCAGUGUUCCUCCAGAUGAUCAGAAGUUUUACCAGGACAUAUUGGGUCAAGUAAAUCACUUCUUGAAGGAAUCUUCUGAAGAAAUUAGUUCUUGUGUUACAAAGGAAGAUCAGAUUUGCAUUGAAAGUACUGCAUCCUCAAGAACAAGCAAGACAGAGAGAAGAAGCUCAGCAUCUAACCCAGACCCGGGAGAUAAUGAUAGUGUUCUGAGUUCCACCUUGAAGCAAUUAAGGAACCUUGGAGUGAAUUUUGACUGUCCUGACAAGAUGAUGAAAAAUGUACACAAAGUAGAGAAUGCCAGUAUAUUGGCCUGCAUUAACCCUGAAGCAGUAAUCCCUGGCCUAAACUACAUCUCUUUUGCUAAUGUUGGUAUGAGUAGCUUAACUCCCAAUGGAGUAGAUCUGAGUAUGGAGGCAAACGCUAUUGCCCUCAAGUACUUGAAUGAAAGUCAACUGUCCCAGCUUUCUCUGAGUCGUUCAAGCCAAAAAGAUUCCAUGGAUUUGUCACUACAGACCCUUCUGCAUAAUAAUACAGACAAGAGUUUAGUUGGCUUUAACAUAAUAUCACCAAGUAACAUGUCUUUUGCAACCAAGAAAUACAUGAAGAGGUAUGGACUCCUACAAAGUACUGAUGGUAGUUAUGAUGAAGAGGAGCAGCAGGCUGACUGCCAUAGGAGAGGAGAGAGCUUAGAAUCUGUUCUACAGCUAAAUAUCAGUCCUGUCUUGGAGAACUUUUCCCACUGGAAGCAUCCAUCUGAAAGAGCUAGUGAAAGACAACUUCCUUCUCACCCAGGGCAGUGUGAAGCUGAGUUGCCUAGCAGUCCUUUAUCAAAUUCAGAGGGCCUUGUGUUAAAAAAUGUUACGAAUGCAGUCUUUCCGCUCAGAAUCCUGCAGCAGUCCAAUGAAAGUUCAGUUCCAUUUCUGAAAGAGUUAAAGCCAAAAACUAAACUUCUGCAUGGCAAAGCAGAGUUUACGCAACAUCCUGACAAAGAGAAUCUAGAUGACCCAGUUGUACCUGAAACUCUGCAAACUCCCAUUCUUGAUCAUUUAAGCCGAGCUGACAACAUGAAUUCAGUGGGUACGUUUCUUGAUGUCCAGCAACUCAGACAGCUACCAAAAUUAUUCUGAUUUUUGUGGUUUUACAAGACAACCAGCCCUUAGUAGAACUUAAAACUUUCUUAGGGUUCAGUAAAAUCAAGAGAAGCCA